CAUCCUCCUGAGUAUUUGGCUUCGUGAUCCACAAGCUUGUCCAGCUGUGCGACUUCAGAGAAAGCUGAUUGGCUCAAUCGCAAGUGCUUUUUUUCUAGCGGCAAGACGGUAAUAUAUUUGUUACAAAGCCUCACAAUCAACAGUUCCUACAGCAACACAACAGGACUUGAAACUAAACAGAAAAACAGAGGCAAUCUAUGGCUGUGCCGGGGAACUCACUACGGAUACUGCUUCUCGGUGCGUAUUUUGCGCUGACGGUCGGAGCAGACUGCGAGAAGGACUGUGCGCUCUGCCUCAACCGUCUACGGGGGCAUCAGACGGCGAUUACCACUCUGACAUGCUCAAUAGAAUGUGAGGGCAGUCUGGACACCACGAAGCUCCGCCUCUGCCGAGACGUCCUAUUGGAGGAGGUAGAUGACAUCAAACAGGAAGAGGUGCAGGGUCAGCAGCACCAACUGGCCAAGAAGUAUGGCGGCUUCAUGAAGCGCUACGGGGGGUUCAUGAUCAGGAGGAGCCCACCCGUAGAGGGGCGAGUGCAGGGAGGAGAAAACAGCCCGGUGGCUGAGGAAGAGGACAUCCGUCUGGAGAUCCUGAAGAUUCUGAAUGCAGAGGCUGAGGGCCAGAGGGAUGAGGAAGUGGCCAAGCGCUAUGGGGGGUACAUGAGAAGAGGGGGGGACUUGGGGGGCCUGGAGGGGGUGGGCAGGCCAUUGAAGAAGCGCUAUGGGGGCUUCAUGAGAAGGGUGGGAAGGCCUGAGUGGCUGGAGGAUCAGAAGAACCAGGGGGGUCUCCUGAAGCGCUCCUGGGAGGGGGAGCAGGGUGACUCCCCCCUGGCUGAAAUACAGAAGAGAUAUGGAGGAUUCAUGGACUAGGGGUCGGCCCCUCCUCCAAUCUCUCCUGAGUCUGGACUCUCAAUGUUGAUUAGAUUAUCCAUUCUUGUUCCGCUGUAGAGCUUCACUGUCAUGAUUUUUGUUUGAUUGGGUAUAAUGUGACAAAAAAAAGAGUACUGUAUGUUUUAUGGUUUUGGUUAUUUAUAAAAUAACCUGUGUUCGUUGUGGUGUACGAGACUGGGGCAUGUGUGAAAAACAAAUCGUGGCAUGACCUGUAUGUUUUCUUUCCCUUUGUCUUGCCAUUGGUUUUUAAAGGGAUAGUUCACUUUUUUAAAAUGUUAGUUGAGUUUCCACUUAAAAACUGUCAUCCAAACUAUUUUUAAGUUUGUUAGUUGGUUAUUUAGAAAUGGCCAGACUCUCCUGGCGAGGUAACAUUAAAAUAAGCUACAGCUUCAAAAAAGUUAAUUAUCCCUUUAAGUGGCCAUAGAACAUUUUCUGAAGCUUCCAUUUCCACCACAAAGUCUCACAAAAGGCUGUAACUAUGGGGGAACAGGCUAUUGUGGCCUUCCCAUUGGUGGUUUGGUCUUUGGAACUGAAGGUUAUCUGGAACUCAAUGUUAUCUGCUUUGUUGUUGGAACAUGGAGGUACCCUCCUCUAAGUACCUAAGUACUGCUAUACCAGUGUGUUGUAGUUAUCCAUCUAAUGGCAGUGUGUGGGUCGCUUUUCAUUGUUAUUAUAAUAACCAUGUUGCUCUUUCCACAGUGCUCACACUUAUCCCAGUAUGCUGAUGUUGAAACAUGUUGCUUUCAGUCGAUAAAUGCCCUCAUUUUUUCUUCUUUCUAUUGAGAACAGAGCAGCAUUUCAGACCAAUUAGUUGUACAAAACAUAAUAAACCCAUGUAUCCUGCAAAAAUAAGUGGACUCCACUGGCUGUUUGAUGUGUUUUUCUGCUUGGGAAGUGGAGCCAAUGUUCCUGCCUCACUCUGCCAAGCCCACCUGAGAUAAUAACUCUGGUGUUAAUGGUGAGGAUUGUAUUUAUUUGACGCAUUCACUCAGCCCUAUGUCUACCUUUUUUUUGUACAGAUUGCUCAAGUGAGCGCAAAAUAUGAACAGUUUUUAGUUUCUUAGCUCCCUAAUGUCUCAGACUACCAAAACUUCACUGAUUGAUAUUUUGCUUAACUUAAUCUCCCCCCAGAGGUUUAUAUGAAGAAUGCUCUUCCUCACGUAUUUUAAAUGCAAGUUAAAUAUACAAAACAGGAUAAAUAGCCCCCUCUCCUGUCUGACACAUUCAUUUAUAUCAUUCAUUUCUCUAACUUCACUUCUCAAUCGUAGUUGUUUCCAAAGGCACCACCAUAUCUAUAUCCACAGCCAUUAACUUCCAAAAUGUUGGCAGAUACAUACAUAAUGUAAGGAAUAAACGCUGAUGUUUUGUACAUUACCUUGGGAAAUAAUGGACGACGCAGCGGGACGAGGCAGAGCCAAGUGCCUUUGUGUAGUUAAUUUUUCCAAGAUUAUAGAGUACCAUAGUAAUACCCAUAAAUCCUAGCGGUCAAACAGGGAAAUGAUUCCAAUCGUUUUUCCACCAGUCAUUUGUAAUUCAUAAAGAAUUACAAAUGACAUGAUGACCUGGAUGAGACUGCCGAAUCGGAGUAAAGGUAAGAAUCUCUGAUGUUAGCUAAAUGUAGUAAUUCAUAAUUUGGCUACAUUUCUUUAAAUGGACAAUUCUGUGGACUGUCUCAUGCAAGUGACACAAUACCUGUUAGCAAAGAUGUCAGCUAGAGAUGAUGUGCAGGAGCUUGCAGGGAUUUGUAGUUUUGCAUGAGGUCUACGUUGAUGCUAAUUAUCAUUUUCGAAUCUGAGAGUAUAUAGAGCUGAAUAUAUUGAUAUGUCACCUUGUCCGAGAGAGAUUUACAUGUUAUCAAAACGUCACGCCAGGGUAAGCCUACACAGCCCUUAAUUUAAGUUUUUCUAAAAUUUCCUAUAGGAAAAAUGAAUGGUUUAAAAAUGAUUGGAACCAUUUCCCUGUUUGACCGCUAGGUUUGAUGGGUCUUAUGACACCUCCACUGUGGGGUUCUAUGUACAGAACAUUGGCGUUUAUCCCGCUUAUAACAGUUGCCAAAGAAAACAAUAUGAAAGAACACAUUUACUGGUAAAAAUACUUUUCUUCAUUGAUAUUUUGAUUUUUAAACGCAAAUUCAUACUUUCUCAUCUUUUGGUUGCUAGAGAUGCGACCCAGUCAUUCUUUUGAUUAGUUCGAUAUUUAUAGACGUGACCCAGUCAUUUGUUCUUUAUGUUCCGUUGCCAUGUUCAGUGGCAACGUUCUAAUCCCUUGCUUGUUGCUAGCUAGCCAACUAGCCACGACUGCACAGUCAUUACCUCUGCAGCCAGAAUAACAGCAAAAUUUAUUCUGUUGCGUUUGUUAAAACUGUUUAUCCCACUUAUACCAGUUGCCAAAGAAAACAUUACUAAUACACAAUAUAAUACCGAAUAUAAAUAAAAUGUUGUUGUUGAUAUUUUAAUUUAUAUAAGCAACAUAAAUAAAAUGUUGUCGUUGAUAUUUUAAUUUAUAUAAGCAACUUCAUACUUUCUCAUCUUUUGGUUGCUAGAGACAGGAUCCAGUUGUUCGUUUGAUUAGUUCUGUCACACCCUGAUCUGCUUCCCCUGUCUUUGUGAUUGUCUCCACCCACCUCCAGGUGUCGCCCAUCUUCCCCAUUAUCCCCUGUGUAUUUAUACCUGUGUUCUCUGUUUGUCUGUUGCCAGUUUGUCUUGUUUGUGAAGUCAAUCAGCGUUUUUGUAUUCAGCUCCUGCUUUUCCCCAGUCUCUCUUUUCUCGUCCUCCUGUUUUUUGAUCCUUGCCUGUCCUGACCCUGUACCCGCCCCCCUGACCACUCUGCCUGCUCCUGAGCCUGCCUGCUGUACUGUACCUUUGCCCCACCUCUGGAUUACCGACCUCUGCCUGACCUGACCUUCAGCCUGCCUGCUGUCUUGUACCU